AUGGAGGGCUACCUCACCAUCCCUCCGGAUCGGGGAACCAUCCUGGGCAGAGCACUUUGGAAGACUCGAUAUGUUGUCAUUGGGGGGCCCCAACGAGAUAGCACGCCGCACAAUGGAGACCGGCCGGUGCGUGCAAAGGACGCGAGUGCUCGCACUCUCAAAGAGAAACCGUCUGUGCUGGCAGACCAGGCUAGCGGCACGUUCCUCUCUAUAUACAAGAACAAAGACGAUACCGAGCCUGUACAACAGUACUCGCUCGCCAGCAUUUCGGAAUGCCAUGUCCAGCUGCUAGCACAUCGAAAGCAAGGCCCGAUCUUGCCAACACUUGCUAUCUGGAUAUCGCCUGAUCCAGCUGCGGACAAAUUGCGCAAGCGUCGAUCCAGUCGCACCGCCGGCUUGACGAGCUCCAAAGAAACCGGCCCAACGACACUUUGGUUCAGGGUUUGCCCAGACGAGCAGACGCUUGCGCUAUCAGACUGGUCGCGUUACAUACAGAGUCUCAUACAGCCAACUAUACCUGAUCGCCACCCAAUCAGCCCCAUCAGUCCAACAUCGCCGUCCUUCAUCAAUCCCUUCAGCCCAGCAACACGCUCUUCCAUGCACGCCCGGCCCGCAGGCUCCGCGCGACCAGCCCACACAUCAUACAGCUCGGAGUCGCCAAGUUUGCGAUCGCGCCGUAGCGACAUUUCUUCAUCUCACAACAGCUCAAGCACCCAGAAUGCAUCGAGUGCCAACGACUAUACGCCUGUCUACCCUAAUGAUAUUCCUUCCCCCGCAAUGACUGUCCCCGAUUAUCCUGACGAGUUUAUCGAAGGUUGGACGUCCGCACAAGGCCGAUCUUCGACUUUGGGCUCGCCCAUUCGUGUUCGAGGGAGCAUGGGUCCGUCACAGGUCACGAUGCCGGUGGGAGCUGAUUCGAGCUCACCUCCCGGCGCAAGGGAAACAAUUCUGGACCGUGCGUUCUCGAUGCGUUACAUUCCUGGAGCGGAUACGGCCAUCCCAGGCGAAGAGAAGCUCUCUUCUUUGGCGAGAUUUGAUGCUCUCAUGCGUGAAGCGGAAGAACGACGUGGUUCCCAACAGAGAGAAUCUGCGGCAAUCAAAGAGCCGGCUCGAAGCAACUGGGACGACGAGAGCGAUGCAGAUAGCAUGGCUGGGGAUCAGAUUGCAGAGGAGGACAGCGACGGCGACAACUUUGCGCAGGACAUGGACCAGACUCCUUACAGCCCUGUCGUGCCACCAUCAAAGGUCCCCGCCUACGCCAACCAUCGGCACAGCCUGAAUCACGCUUCACGUGCUCGACACAUCUCCAGGUCCUCUCUCAGCUUUCAUGAGGCACAGCUGGCAGAAACCCCCUCCAUCCUGCGUCCUCACACUGCGCAACCCAAGAACAGACCACCAAUGAGCCCGCGCAGCUCAACUCAAACGUCCAUUCCUGGAUCACCUCUGCAUGCGACUGUGCCGAACCAUGCGACCCCGCGGGGUAAUGAGGACAGAAUGGUCAAACCACAUUCCGAGGUCCGCGAAACCUCAACCAGCGUCAAGCGACUCAGUCUAAACGACUUCCCUAAGAGACUCAGCAGCAGUAGUAGCCUACUCAUUGUGCAGACGAACGUCAGCGCGAGCAGCAACAGCACCUAUGGAGAUCAUGAGCUGGAAAGCCAAGCCAUAUCACCACGCACAAAUGUGCAGUCCCGGGGUACCCCAACUGAGCGCGACUCGAACUGUGGCUGGCGUGGGAGCCGCGUCUUUGGUAACAACGAGGGUGGCUACUUAUGA